CGUGUUCGUCUACUGUCAGAAGGAUCCGGGGUGAAAUGUUAAUACACCAAAUUCCAGUAAUUUUAGUACCACUUGUAGUAAACUUCAUUACAAUACAAAAUGGCUUCUUCAGGUAAGAAAAAUAAAAAGGCGAAAAAGCAAGUGUCUAUGACAUUAGAGCAGUUUUUAAAAGAUGUACCACAAACACCAAUUCGAAAAUCAACAACCGAUUGGGCCGAUAUUGUUGAAGAUGAAUCAGAUGCUUUUGAACCUCGGCCAAAACAAAAUAUUGUAUUGCCAACGGCUCCGAGAGCAGCAAGGGUACCAGUUUCAAAUGAAGCAAAUAUUCCACAAGAUCCACCAUAUGUGGCAUAUAUUUCAAACUUGACAUAUGAUGUGGAUGAAAAGGAUUUAGAAGAUUUUUUUAGAAAUUUAAAGAUUACAAAUAUAAGAUUGCCACGUGAAGAUAGAGAACCAGGAAAAUUAAGAGGUUUUGGAUAUGUUGAGUUUGCUGAUAGAAAUAACCUCAUUCAGGCAAUGACACUUAGUGAUACGUCAUUAAAAGGUCGACGUAUGCGCAUUGAAGUGUCAACAAAUGAUGAAAAAAAACGUAUGGGUGGUGGUAUGGGAGGAAAUCGUAAUAUGGAUAUGCAACGCGAUCGUCCGGAACGAGAAACUUCAGGUGAUUGGCGAUCAGGACCAAGGCAAGAAUCGUCAUUUCAAGAGUCUGCUCCUAUCGAGCGACGUAGUGGUUUUAAUAAUCGUGACACAUAUGAACCACCAUCAAGUAAUAAACCAGGUGCAUGGCGUGAUGCAGCAAACGAUAGACCACCAGCGUUUCGUGAUAAUCGUGACAAUCGAGAUGACAGACGUGGUGGUGGUGGAGGUAGGGAUAGAGAUUAUGGCGGUGGUCGACGAAAUUACAAUGAUCGUGAACGUGAUGAAGGUUUUACAAGACGAAACUUUUCGCGUGAUGAUGAUAAUCGUUCAGAAAGUUCAGAACCAAGAACACGGCCAAAAUUAAUAUUGGCACCUAGAAAAGAACCAAUUGCAGCAGAACCAGUACCUCCACCUGCAGCACCAGCUGCGCCAUCCAUAUUUGGUGCAGCUAAGCCAGUGGAUACUAGUGCUAGAGAACGGCAGAUUGAAGAAAGAUUGGCUAAAGAACGUGAACUGAAAGCAGCUGAGAUUAAAAAAGAAGCGGAAUUGGCGAAAGCAAAAGAAGAAGCAGAAAAAGAAAUUAGUCGUCCACCUGUAGUAGAAAAUUCUUGGAGAACUGCACGCGAAGAAACAAAUAAUCAAGAUACAAAAAAAGAUUCAUCACCAGUACGAAGGCGCGAAUCACCAAGACGAGAUAAUUCACGACGACGUGAUUCACCUAAGCGAGCUAGUGGUGUAAGUGACUCACCACAACGCGGUAGUAGACGUGAUUCACCUUCAUCACGUAGACGAGGCGAUUCUCCAUCAUCAAGAAGAAGAGAUUCACCGUUACGUAGGCGUGAAGGAUCACCACGACGUCGAGACGGUUCACCGAUACGUAGAAGAGAUUCUCCACAACGACGACGGGACGGCCCACCAACAGCACGUAGAAACGAUGAUCGACGAUCAGAUCGAGGAGGCCGAUCAGACCCGCCAAUACGUGGUAGUGAUCGUGAACGCGGAGAACGUGAUCCACGACCGCCUCAACGUAAUACACAUAAUAAUACAUCAAACAAAAGUCGUUAUGACGACAAACCACAUAAAGAGCGUAAUAAUGUUGAAACAAAAGAACGUAAUGUUGAAGAUCGUAUGCCCAAAUUAAAAGAACAAGAGGCUCCGAACUUUGCUGCAUCCAACAAAUUUGCAUUCCUAGAGACAGAGGAUACUUCUGAUUAACAAAGAUUUAUUAAGCAAUUUAAUAAUAAAAAAAAAUAAUAAUGAAAUAAAUUAAAAAUAUACAAAAAAGAAAAACAAUUAAUAAAAAAAUACAUGAGAAAUAUUAUUAAUUAAUAAUCUUGAUUUGAUGAUUAUGGUUUUCGUUAGAAAUAUUAUAUUUUACUUGUUUUUAUAUUAUUAAUUUACCUACCCUAUAUACAUCUUGUGUUAAGAUAAAUAUGUGAAUAUAAUUCUGAUGAUUAUUUAAUGAAAACCCUCCUUUAUAAAGAAAAGCAUAAAUCAUCUUAUAUUUUUUUGCUUGUUUGUGUUUAAUAGGUCAAGGACUAGGGGUAUAGUAUUCACCAGACAUUUAUAUCAGAACGACUAGAAAUUUGAGACUUUUUAACAAUUUUUUCCACUUAUAAAAUUUCGUAGCCGAGGACUUUUCUUUCAAUAGGCCUGGAAAAUUUGAGAUGCAAGCUAAAAAUUGAUGAAUAUCAUAUAACUCAAAUAUAAACUAAUUGAAUUAAAAGAUGCAUAAAUAAUUUUUUGUUUACUCAACGAAGUAGUUUUAAAAUUGUUUUUGAAGGUAUCGGACAACGGACAUCUCAUUCAUUCGAGGGUCGAGAAAAAUGAUUUUUUGCAUUUUCUAUUUAUCUUUUUAUUUGAAUUUCAUUCUCAAUAAAUAUUCAUUACUUUUCCAAGCACUUUGGAGAAGAAAUUUCCGCCUAUGAAAAAUUUCGUAAACGAACAAUUUUUUUGACAUCAGUUUCUCAAAUUUCCAGCCAUGCAGAUAUAACUGUUAAAUACCAGGCCUAGCCCUAAACCUAUUUGUGUUUAUUUUUCUUUUCUAAUUUAAUUUUUAACGAGCCCAUGCCAAGUUUACUUUUCUGUAAUUGUAGAAAACCCUCUAAAUUUUAGAUAGUUAUUCACGUUUAAAAAUAUUUUCUUUUCCCCCAUUAUCCAAAACUACUGAAGAUAUCGAGAAAAAAAUCACUAUUCACUGAUCAUUCAAAACUAAAUUUUAUGAUAAUUUGGUCACUUUAAUUUUUUUGUAUCAGUCUAGUGGUUGUUUUAUACUGUAUUUAAUGUGCAAUAUGAUCACAGUGCUCAAAUGAAAUGCUUUUCUACUUCAUAAUACUUUCAGACUUGGAAUUGUUUAGCAAAGUGAGCGAGUAUACAUUAGCCGUUAUUAAAUUUACUACGUGUCUGUGCAUUCAACGUGCAAGAACUAAUGAAGAUAUAAAGGUGCAAUCUUAUUUAAUUUCUUUAUAGUUAAAUGAUCGUCUUAAGCAUCAUUUAAUGCCAAUAUGAACAAAAGAAAUCAAUCAAAUAUAAAAAUAAACAAUUGUUUCUGCUGUUAGGAUAAGCUAGCCUAACAAUGGGAAUGAACUUAAUCGCUUUUGUGAGGUAGGGAUAAGGGGAAUAUUGUUGAAAAGACUAUACUUGCAUUCUAUUUACAUUACGAAAAACUGGCAUUCAUUAUGAAAAAUUGCACAAAACUUACUUCGAGAGAUUUAGUUUUGAGUAUGUAAAGAAUUUUCCAUCCGCAACUUCACGGGACAGUGUUGAGCAACGUAUGAAAAAUAUUGAAAUUGUUUAUCAAAUGCUCAAGUCGUGCUACUUACCGUUACUACGUGAUUUUCAUGGUCGGCAUUUCGUACUUUUGCGAUCAAUUGAUCGUUGCUUGAUUUGUUCGGUUAUUGUUAAUGAAAGACCCUUUACUUUUUUACCUAAAAUUUAGAACGGAUUCUAUGAAGGAAGAAAGCUUUCCAUGCGCUCAAGUUUUUAUUCAGCCCUUUUUAUUUUUAAUUAUUGGUUAAUUGAUUAAUUUUGUUGUUAUUUAAUAAUAUAAGCCUAGUCUAAAUAAAAUAGAAAUAUUCCAAUCGAUAAAAAUCAAUAUGAAACGGACGACUUCUGCUUCUAAUUUGAAAAGUAAUCUUUUAAAAAAAAAAUUUAUUUAAAAAAUAAGAUAUCACAAACUUAUAAAAAUAAUUUUUUUAUCUAAUUGUAAGUAUGGAUCAUGUGGGAAUAUUUCUCACUACAAAAACGGGCUAAGCGUGGAUGGUGAAAGUUUCGUAAAAAUUAAGUGUAUUUUGAUCUGAAAAGGAUCGAAAAUUAAAUUAAUAAAAGAAAUUGUUUUGAAUUUAA